UGCUUGCGCUCCAGGCCCGAAAGAAAAGGACCAAGGCCAAGAAGGACAAAGCCCAAAGGAAAAAUGAAACUCAGCACCGAGGCUCCGCCCCCCAUUCUGAGAGUGACCUGCCAGAGCAGGAAGAGGAGAUUCUGGGGUCCGAUGAUGAUGAGCAGGAAGACCCCAAUGACUACUGCAAAGGAGGUUAUCAUCUUGUGAAAAUUGGCGAUCUGUUCAAUGGCAGAUACCAUGUGAUCCGAAAGCUGGGAUGGGGACACUUUUCAACAGUGUGGUUAUCAUGGGAUAUUCAGGGAAAGAAGUUUGUGGCAAUGAAAGUAGUUAAAAGUGCUGAACAUUAUACUGAAACAGCACUAGAUGAAAUCCGGUUGCUGAAAUCAGUUCGCAAUUCAGACCCCAGUGAUCCCAACAGAGAAAUGGUGGUUCAGCUGCUGGAUGACUUCAAAAUAUCAGGAGUUAAUGGAACACAUAUCUGCAUGGUGUUUGAAGUGCUGGGGCAUCACCUGCUCAAGUGGAUCAUCAAGUCCAACUACCAGGGGCUUCCGUUGCCUUGUGUCAAAAGAAUUAUUCAGCAAGUGUUACAGGGUCUGGACUAUUUACACACCAAGUGCCGUAUCAUCCACACGGACAUAAAACCAGAAAACAUCUUGUUGUCAGUGAACGAGCAAUACAUCCGGAGACUGGCAGCAGAAGCAACAGAAUGGCAGCGGUCCGGAGCUCCUCCUCCUUCUGGGUCUGCAGUCAGUACUGCUCCCCAACCUAAACCAGCUGACAAAAUGUCAAAGAAUAAGAAGAAGAAAUUGAAGAAGAAGCAGAAGCGCCAGGCAGAAUUACUAGAGAAGCGAAUGCAGGAGAUUGAGGAAAUGGAGAAAGAGUCGGGCCCUGGGCAAAAAAGACCCAACAAGCAAGAAGAAUCAGAGAGUCCUGUUGAAAGACCCUUGAAAGAGAACCCACCUAAUAAAAUGACCCAAGAAAAACUUGAAGAGUCAAGUUCCAUUGGCCAGGAUCAGAUACUUGUGGAGCGUGGUGUAGAGGGUGGUGCAACAGAAAUUAAUUGCAAUGGAGUAAUUGAAGUCAGUAAUUAUACUGAGAACAGUAACAAAGAAACAUUGAGGCUUAAAGAGGAUCUCCAUAAUGCUAAUGACUGUGAUGUCCAAAAUUUGAAGCAGGAACCUAGUUUCCUAAGCUCCCAAAAUGGGGACAACAGCAUAUCUCAAGAUACAGACUCUUGUACACCUGCGCCCCCGGAGGUGUCAGAUGCCAUGGUGUGCCAGUCUUCUGCAACUGGAGACCAGUCCUUCAACGAGCAGCACAUCACCCAACUGCAAGAAAGCAUUCGGGCAGAGAUCCCUGGUGAAGAGGAGCAAGAGGAGGGACAGAACGGACCACUGGACAGCAAAGGAAAAUCCACUGCUGGAAAUUUUCUUGUUAAUCCCCUUGAGCCAAAAAAUGCAGAAAAACUCAAAGUGAAGAUUGCUGAUCUUGGAAAUGCCUGUUGGGUGCACAAACAUUUCACUGAAGAUAUUCAAACAAGGCAGUACCGCUCCCUGGAAGUUCUGAUAGGAUCUGGUUAUAAUACCCCGGCUGACAUCUGGAGCACGGCGUGCAUGGCCUUUGAACUGGCCACAGGGGAUUAUUUAUUUGAACCUCAUUCAGGAGAAGAGUACACCCGCGAUGAAGAUCACAUUGCAUUGAUCAUAGAACUUCUGGGGAAAGUGCCUCGCAAGCUCAUUGUGGCAGGAAAAUAUUCCAAGGAAUUUUUCACCAAAAAAGGUGACCUGAAGCACAUCACGAAGCUGAAACCCUGGGGCCUGUUUGAGGUUCUGGUGGAGAAGUAUGAGUGGUCUCAGGAGGAGGCGGCUGGCUUCACAGAUUUCUUACUGCCCAUGUUGGAGCUCGUCCCCGAGAAGAGAGCCACCGCUGCCGAGUGUCUCCGGCACCCUUGGCUCAGUUCCUAAGCCACAGCCCGCCCCACAGCAGCAGAGAUCACUACACUGACCGUCCGCCCUCCUCUUCCCAAGGGGAAGCCCUUUCUUCAGGGUUUCUAGAUUUCUUUUCUUUUUUCCUUCAUCCAGUAUGUUCAUUUGGGUUUGCUUACUUGACCUUGUGGAGAUCCCCACUGCCUCUGGGUGUCCUGGAUAAAUUUGGCCUUGGGGCCUGCCAAAGACCAAUGAACUGAAAAUGUGAAGCAGCCUCUCACCCUCUCUGCCCUCCCCUUUCCAUCAGGGCAUCCUGUACAUUGUAAACAUCCUCUUUAAAAAAGAGCUAUGAAGGCCUAGGAGCCCAUCCUUCUAUUCACUGACUCCGAGAGUCAAACUUUGUAGCGUAUAUAUUAUUGCCAGCAUAAGGAUGAGGAAGGAGGGGAGUGGGUGUCCGUUCUGUGUACAACAGAGACAUUAAACUUGCUCUGUCCAGGCUGCGUCAGGUUCCUGGAUUGUUUCUGUUGUUCUCUAUGUUUUUGUUUUUUCCUGCAACUUUUAAACUACUACCUUUUGGAAAGAGCUGUAUAAAUACCAAAUUUGAGUGCCAUCUUAUCACAGUUCAGAGCAAGUCUUCAUUCUAAUUUUUAAUGUAAACAAAAAUGGAACCAUUGAAUACUCGUUUCUUGAGAACCUCUCGUGUUCAAACGCUCCUACGUGUCUUCUGUUGCCCUAAAAGCAAGAAUUCCUUUAAGUGACUAUUCUAUUUUUUGCUUUUUAAAUCCCUGGCUGGCACUUUACCCAACGCACUUGAGUUUAUUGCCCCAUAACUAAAAAAUCAGGAUGACUCUGAAUGGAGGUCUUGGUUUCAGAGCUGCCCGUCUAAGGAGAAAAUGUUCUAGAGGUCUGACGGUUCUCCAGACACUUCUCUGAUUUUAUUUACAGCUUUUCAUGUUGCCCAUAAGUGUGGUUUUGAGCAGUUUGCUUUAUUGUUCCCACUUUCAUAGUCUCGGAGUCUUGAAUGCAUUUUGGAUUAAAGAGCCAAGGAGCGGGGUGGGAUGGCCCUUUUUUCGUUGGCUGCUUUUGCCCACUGACUUUAAGGUUAGCCAUUCUCUGCUGCUAUUUCCUUAUAUAAUGUAAGUUUAUAACUGUAAUUUUGAGAUGAUUGAAAUGUACUUGAGGCUUUUUCCCCUUCAUGCAAAAAGGCUUUAUGAAUUUUAUAUUAGGACUGGCCUCCCGUAGACUUGCCCGGCCAUGACAUACUCCUUGGGUAACAUUGGGCAGUACAAGAAGGCAGGACUGGGUCAUAGCCACUUACUCAGCAUGGACCAAGUGGGCCUUGGAGAUGACAGCGUUCUCUGGGAGCAGCUCUGGAACUCUUCCCUUUACAGAAAGCCGAGGAGGGGCAGCGCGAGGCCCUGCUGGCAGGCUACCAGUGAAGCUGUCCGAUGGACAGCCAGCUUUCUGUAUGGGAGGUUGGAAUCCGUUUCUGUCACUUACCACCACCAAUGCAAAGGUACAAGUGGUGGUGUCCUUAGACAGUCCAUUUAAUUCUUAAAUGUAUUACUCCGAGGAACUGGCCAACCAUUCGUCGGACCUUUGAUUGGUUACUCUUGAAAUCAGACGUGUUCCUGUAGAAAGAAUUUUAAGUCAGGCUAUCUAUGCACCUGUCAAGAAUAGACAACAGAUGAUCUCAACGGCAGGGAAAUUCUUCAGCAAUCCUAAUCUACUCUGGGUUGUCAACUGUAUUCACAUCUAAAGCAAUAGCAGACUUAACUGCAGUCUCUCCUACUUUGUAAAAUCCCCAUGGUGGAAUUAGAGAAUUCUGAUGAUGCUGGUAACUUGAAAUAACCGGAAGACACAGAAACGAACAGAAGGCUCUAUUUUAACAAUUGACAUGACAGGAAUUUUUAAUAGGAGAGAAAACCUACAACUUCAUUUUGGAAAUCUUUCCCGCUAGAUGAGGGCUUUGCCCUCUGUCACUGAAGGAGCCAGAUACAUUAGACGACCUGAAAAGAGGUAUCUGGAGACCUCACUCUUCGUGUACUCCACGCACCUUUUUUGAGCUCAGUCCUGACACUGUCAGAUUACCAUGAUCAAGAAUUUCUAUUUGCUGUUAGUUAAAAAUAAAGCCCUGAUACAUUUUUAUUCUUUCUACUGAGUGCAUUGUCUGUUUUCUUUACAAAUGCAGCACAAUAAAGUAUUUAAUAACCUA